AUGGGCCACCAUAAGCCGAGACUAAUAAUCCUGGUCAGACAUGGCGAGAGCGUGUCGAAUAAGGACAAAUCCGUCAACCAACACAUGCCCAAUCACCUCAUACCGCUGACCGAUAAUGGUUGGAAGCAAGCGCGGCGCUCCGGUUCGGAACUGUUGCAGCUGCUUAACGUGGACGACCCGCAGAUUGUCAAGGACCUCGCAGAGAAGUUCGCGUGGGAGGGCGAUCACCGCAAGCCGCUGAAACAGGACUACCGCAAUGUUAACAAGAACUUGGAUUCGAACAUAGUGUUUUACACCUCGCCGUAUAGGCGGACACGAGAGACCCUCCGCGGGAUGUUGGAUGUGCUGGACGAGUACAACAAGCGCAAUUGCGGGGUCUCUGCCCGCGACAAUGACGGCUACCAGCCGUCGGUCAAGAGCCGUCUCGCACAUUGGCAAUGCCCCGAGUUCCCCCACGGAUUCUACGAAAACACUGAGUCGCGCGAUCUGAUCGCCAGCCUUAAUCGUACUGCGGCGCACAAAACCUACGUGCAUUACCGCGUCAAGGACGAGCCCCGCAUUCGCGAACAAGACUUCGGAAACUUCCAGGAGCUCUCGUCCAUGCGCGACGUCAUGAGCACGCGUGCCAACUACGGCCAUUUUUUCUUCCGCUUUCCACAAGGCGAAAGUGCCGCCGAUGUCUACGACCGCUGCUCCAGCUUCCAGGAGACGCUCUUCCGCCACUUCAACCAGCCCGACCGCAAGCCGCGCGACGUCGUCGUGCUUGUUACCCACGGCAUCUACCUGCGCGUCUUCUUGAUGAAGUGGUUCCGCUGGACUUACGAAGAAUUCGAGGCUUUCACUAAUGUUCCCAAUGGAUCGCUGGUCGUCAUGGAGCUCGACACGGAGCUUGAUCGUUACGUCCUUCGGACGACACUGCCCAAGUGGUGCUGA